GAGCGAUACGCGCGUGCUUUUCCAACCGAUCGGCGAAUAAUACGAAACGUGUCCUAAUUUUCGAGCCCCCCUUUCUGACGCCUUUUCCGCAAAAACUUCAAUCAUCGACGUGCACCUUUUUCCUCGUGCUUAUCCCCCCUUCGGCUCCCACCCUCGUGCUUUCUUCUCGCGUGUUUCAACAAUAUCGAGUGAAACAGUGAGUUCUUGGCUGAGACUAAAACAGUCAGUGGAAAUUUCGGAGAUCGCUCGAACCGAAAGAUUCGUUAUCUUGGAUCUACGACGAUGGCGGGUGGAUCAUCGAACAACUCGACGAUGCUCGAGCACUGAGUCGACUAAUUAUUCCGUGAGGACCGGAGGCCGAAAGGCUCGGCGGGGCGGCCCCAAUGGGAGCGAGAAAGGGUCUCCUCGCCCCCCAAAAUACCUUCCUCGAUACCAUAGCAACUCGCUUCGAUGGAACCCACAGCAACUUUGUGUUGGGAAAUGCGCAAGUCCCGACGCUCUACCCGAUCGUCUACUGCUCGGACGGGUUUUGCGAGCUGACAGGACAUCCGCGGGCCCAAAUAAUGCAAAAGGGUUGCGCCUGCAAAUUUCUUUACGGACCGGAAACUACGGAAGAGGAUAAAGCGAAGAUAUCCAAGAGUCUCGAGAGCAAAACCGAAUUGAAGCACGAGGUCGUGUUUUACAAGAAGGACGAAACUCCGUUCAACUGCCUGCUCGACAUCGUGCCGAUAAAAAAUGAGAAAGGUGACGUCGUGCUUUUCCUCGCAUCCCACAAGGACAUUACGAACACGAAGCCCUGUGAGUUUUACGACGGUGAUGCAAAUGGCGAUCCCGAUCCGGAAGCACCACCUGCAAAUUAUGGUAGAAGAAGAAGUCGCGCCGUCCUUUACACACUGUCGGGUCACUACAAGCAAGACCGUAAACACAAACUUAGCCUCAACAAGCCACUUCUCCAUUCCACCGAUGCACCGUUGCCAGAGUACAAAACUUCGGCAGUCGAAAGGUCCCAGUUUAUAUUGAGUCAUUACGGUGGUUUCAAAUCGUGCUGGGACUGGCUCAUUUUAAUAGCCACUUUCUACGUCGCUGUCGUCGUACCUUACAAUGCCAGUUUUAUUAACACCGACAGACCAACGAUGGUCAGUGACGUUGUUGUCGAAGGCCUAUUCAUUUUCGAUAUAAUUCUCAACUUUAGAACUACUUACGUAAGUCGAAAAGGCAAACUAGUAAUCAAGGGUAAAAGUAUAGCAAUCAACUACGUCAAAACAUGGUUCUUCGUGGAUUUACUCGCGGCUUUGCCUUUCGAUCUUCUCUACGCUUCGGACGUUUACAGCGGCGAGGAAUCCGGUCACAGUCACAUUCAUUUGGUCAAACUAACGAGAUUGCUGAGGCUCGCGAGGCUUUUACAAAAAAUGGACAGGUAUUCGCAAUACAGCGCAAUGAUUCUGACUCUUCUGAUGCUCUCGUUUACUCUCGUCGCUCAUUGGCUCGCGUGCGUUUGGUACGUUAUCGCCGAAAAGGAGAGAAUUCGUAACGACAAAGAUUGGGAUCUUGAUUUCGAAAUAGGGUGGAUUCAUACGCUCGCCGAUCGCCUCAAAAUCCCUGUACAAAACGUCACCCACACCGAGAGCUACAUAACCGCGUUGUACUUCACUUGUAGCAGCCUAACUUCCGUGGGCUUUGGCAACGUUUCCGCUAACACUACGCCCGAAAAAAUAUUCUCGAUUUGCACCAUGCUCAUCGGCGCUCUGAUGCACGCCGUUGUUUUCGGUAACGUGACAGCGAUAAUUCAGCGCAUGUACUCACGAAAAUCUCUUUACCAAACUAAAUGGCGCGAUCUCAAAGACUUUCUCGCACUUCAUCAAAUCCCUGACAAGUUGAAGCAGCGCAUGCAAGAUUAUUUCCAAACGACAUGGUCGUUGAAUCACGGGAUCGAUAUUCACGAGACGCUCAAGGAGUUUCCCGAGGAGCUCAGGGGCGACGUAUCGAUGCACCUUCAUCGCGAGAUCCUCAGUUUGCCCAUAUUCGAGACCUCCUCGCAAGGCUGCCUCAAACUACUCUCUCUCCACAUUCGUAGCAAUUUUUGUGCCCCCGAAGAAUAUCUCAUUAGAAAGGGCGACGCUCUUUCUUACAUCUAUUAUCUCUGCAACGGAUCCAUGGAGGUCGAGCAAAACAAUAUGGUCGUCGCGAUUCUGGGAAAAGGUGACUUGGUUGGCUGCGACAUAACGAUGCAUCUUCAACACGGAUCGAACGGCGGUGGAGGAGGCAGCGGAGGAGGAGGUUCAACCGACGUGGUCGUGAAAUCAAGCUGCGACGUUAAGGCCCUUACAUACUGUUAUUUGAAAUGCAUUAAUAUGCAAGGUCUCGUCGAUGUUCUGCGACUGUAUCCGGAGUAUCAGGAACGAUUUGCUCGAGACAUUAUCCACGAUCUCACGUACAAUCUCCGAGAAGGUUACGAAGCUGAGCAAGUUUCCGAUAUGAAUGGAAUACAAUCGUUGACUCUGCCGUCAAUAAGCGAGGACGACGAGAACGUACCGGAAGAGGGAGAAACUUCGCCCCUUUCGCCACCCAACCGAUCGCCGUUGCACGCAGCGACGACUAGUCCGAGACACGCGAAAUUCAGAGACGAUCACCGAGAGGGCAGGAGAAUUGGCAGGAGCGUUCUCAUGAGAGGAAGGUCCGCUCAAAUCAUGGCUCAAGAAUCGAUCGACGAUCAAACGCGCAUCGGUUCCGCCGAGAGACUCGAACCUCAAAUUCCCACGAUACAUCCGGACAUCGCGACUCUCAGUUACGAGAUGCGAAACGCCAUCGAAGCCCUACAAAUAUUGGUGCGUUCGCCACAAAGCAAUCCGAAUUUGCCGACCCCUUCCGGUCGCGGGAGUCACAACGGUCUGGCAAGAUGUUCGUCCCAUCCACCGGACGCACUCUUCUGGAAUCCACCGGAAAAAAUGCUCGAAGCAUCGACCCAGACGGAUUGGCCGGUCGAUUUAUUCGAGGUCUGGGUACGUUCCAAUCCUCACCACGUACUCCAGAUCCUCGGUAUCGAUCCGGACAGUCUUCAGGUACCACAGCCACCGUCGCCUACGCCCUCGCCAUCGUCCCCGCCGCCACCGCCGUACGAGCCGCUCUCAUCAAUCGAGGUGGGAACGCCGCCUCAGUCACCGCUUCAAUCUCAUUCCGACACACCAGGUAAAGCAAGUUACGCGAUGUGCAACAGUCGCGAAGAGGGUGUAAUGCCCCGAGGCUACGUGGCGCCCUCGUCGUGCUGGGACCCGGAGAGCGAUCUGCCGCACAGUUUUAGCGCCGGGGAUGCCGACGAGUCGUCAUCCUGGUACCAGGCCUUCCACGGGCUCGAGUAUCUCCCCAAAUCUCGAUCCUUCAAAUUCGAUCACUGCGACAGCUGAGCGAGAAGCGAUUCGACUUGACUCAUCGAAACAAGCAGCAGCAGCAGCAGCAGCAGCAGCAGAAACCGCCAGGAAAUCUAACGGUUCGGGGAAGAGGAAAUCGAGCGUUAAAAACGCGUGACUUUCUGUUCUCUUCGAGUCGAAUAAUAAUCGAUUGAGGAGAAUUUCAUUCGUGUGAGAAAUUCUCGAUGAAACCAUGAGAGUGAAGGGAAGGAGAGAAUGAAAAAGGAUUUACGCGUGCGCCAAGCGCUGAAGCGAUUUUCAUUUCGUUUUUAUAUUUCGAGGACAAUCUGCGUUGUAAUUUCGGGGGCUGAAAGACUCGGGCCAAUGCCCAUUUUACACUCGAGUCAAUCAAUUUUAUUUCGACUCUCUCCCAACAAUGAUGAGCUUCGUAAAAAAAUGAUAUUCGUAGGAAAAUUAUCGAGUUUGAAAAGUCCAUGAUGAAAUAUCAUUUGUGAAAAGCACUGCCACGAUUCACAGGUACGAAAUCAACGUCCGAAAGAUUAAUCCCGUUCGGAUCGACCAAGCCCCCGCGAUCCUGGUCGAGCCCUCGAAAGCUCUAACGCAAAUUAAAAAAUCGUCGAUUUAUUUAUCGACGUCGAAUCGACUCGGAAUAUUCUAUCUUGAGAAUCAAAUUUCAUAUGUUUUUCUCUCAUCGUUGCAUCUCAUUCAUUUCAGCCUCGUUCUUUAUCUUUUCAUCUCUUCGACGAGAAAGAUAUUGAAAAACACGAUUCGAGCAUAUCGCGGAACAAAAAAUAUCGAAUUUUCAUAUCAACCUCACUGUGUGUCUCGACUGAUCCAGUUUCGGGAACGAAGCCCUUUCGAACGGCUGAACGAGAGGAAGGCAUUUCUAAUGAAUCGGCAGAAAAUUAAAUGAGUGUCGAACAAAUCAUAUUAUCGUGUAAUCGGAAAGUAUUUUCGUUAUUAUUAAACACUUGUCACAUUCCACAUGUGAACCGCUGUGAUCAGUUAGAUAUAUCGUCUGACAUAUAAGUAUAAAUAUAUAAAUACAUAUAAAUAUUUAUUCAAUAAGAGAAUGAACAAUACAAAUAAUUCGUGUACGAUCCUCGCUCGUGCGUAAUCUUCCUUGAGAUUGAAUAAUAAUAAAAUCAAUAAAAACAAGCGAACCCAAGCAUCAUUGUGCCCCCGACCGAAGAAAGCAGCGUCAAAAAAAUGCUGCGAAAGUGUAGAGAAGAAAGGGAAGGUCUCUUGAGACAAAAGACUUGAAGGGACGUUGCGAUUUUUCUCAUUUUCGUUUUUCGUUGUUGAGUGGCUGCAAAAAAAGGGCCAAAUUCCUUGUGGUUAAAAGCGAGUGAACUCGAGAAUUUGGGAAAAAAACGUACGAGCAGCUGUCACUUUUUGAAGAGUCGCUUUGUCCGGGGUGAUUCUAUUCAUUUUUUUCGGAUGGUGAACAUUUCACAUCCGAGUUUUGACCAACUUUCAUUCGUUAUAUUUCGCUGCGGAUGCGAUAUUUUUGAUGCAGCUUUUGCUGUUUGUUUAUUCAACGACUAUUUUUACGACGCGAACGACCGUUGAAAAACAAUUUGAAAAAUCUGACAAAACUCACUGGUCGAUUAUCCACUGACGUUCCAAUUAUUCGUACGAAUGAAAAACGCGCCAAGUUCUCCAACGAAACUUCUACGAGUCAUUUUUUUCACGUGGGCAGUACCGGCGAACUGAGAAACGAUCCCAUUUCUUCCUGGCGAUUAACGAAGACUAAUUCUACUAGGAUUGAAGCUUUGUGCCGCAAAAAACACUUUUUUAUAAUCCAUAAAGAAAAAAAAAAAAAAACAUGAGAAAUUUAGCAACAAGAAUCUGAGACGAAAAAAUUCGUUAACAAAAUCAUUUGAAAAACUUGAAAUUCGUUCGUUGAACUGAUAAACUCCAUGAGCUUAAAUGGCAAAUGAAGAAAAUCUAAUGAAAAAAAAAAAAAAAGAAAAAAAAAUGAAUAUUAUUUCUCCUUAAAAAUCGAAUAAAAAUUAUUUCAUCGAAUCAACGAUUUUUCCAAUUUUUCGUGCGAUACAAGUGAUGAGAAAGGAAAUCAACGCGUUUGCCAGAAGAAAACGUGAAAAAAGACAGAAAGAAAUGCGAAAAAAUACGCGAUCCAGGAGACAAAACGCGAGAUCUCUGUAAAUAAUGAUUGACGAGAAGACAAAAAAGGAAAAAAAAAGAAAACAACACAAAAAAUAAGAGAAAAAAGUAAUAAUAAAAAUGUGUGAUAAGGCACGGCUUGAGCCAUGCACAGUUGUAUUUGUUCGACUUCCAUUAUCGCGAACGUUGAAAGGGCCGGUACGGUAUAAUGCACGUGGAUAUUUAAAAAAUAGUAGAAAAAAAUAAAAUGGUGUCUCAGAGAGAAAUGUUCGUCGAGUGAGAAUGGGAAUAUCUCUUGAAGGGGAGGAUAAAGUUUUAUUUUCGAGAUACCUAAAAAUAUUCGUAACAUGAAGUAAUUCACUGUAAACUUAAACGUGAUAAAACGCGAAAAACAAAAAAGCUUCUUCCCAAACACCGAAUGACUGGUCGAUCGUUGAAAAUACAUGAAAACGUCCAUUUUUGUAAACAACUUUCUAAUCGAGCUCACAGUUUCCAAGGUCAUUCGAAUGUCGCUGAAAUUUACUUUCGAAAUAUUGACAGAACUGAUUUGAUUGAAAUUUUGUACCCUUCGUCCUGGCAAUUGAAUAAUUUUUUUCAGAUUUUUCUUCUUUUUCUUUGCAAUAUUGAAAAAGUCGAGACGUUUUAGUUCGUCAAAUUUACGAUGGAAUGCUUCAAACGUAUGAAUAUAUGAAAAUAUAUUUUAACAAGUUAAUCAUUUCCCGAUCUGGCAUCGGCGAAUGUAUAAUGUUUCGAAAAAACGUACCGGUCUCGUUCAGUCUUGUUCAUCUCGUAUCGAUGAACAAUUGUUUUAUAAAUAUUUCAUAUAUUUUGUUAUACUAUUUCUAUGCUCUCUAAAAAAAAAAAAAAAAAAAAAAAAACAGAAAGGAUAAAAAAAUAAUGAUUUCAAAGCUCAUUGUAAACACCUGUAACACGAGUUAGAACCUCCACAAAUUCCACGACUUUUUACACAGUAGACGCAUGAAGAAAAAUCAGUAGAAUUAGAAAACGAACAUUUAUUAACGUAUGAUAAAUAAUGGAUAUAAGUAAUGUGAGAUCGCGAAGCUUACGGAAAAAAGAUUAAUGUCAAUAUGCACAAGAUCGAGACAUACGUCAUUUAUUUUAAAGAAAGAAAAAAACAAAAAAGUACCUCGGACUCUACUGCUGAGACUAUUUUCGUGGAUUUGAAUCGUGAAAUUUCUGAUUUUUAUUUUCUAUCACAAAACUUACGAGAGUGAACCAACACUGGAUUGUUAAAUAUUCAAAAAAAUAACAUAUUUAUGAGCGAAGUGUCAAUCUUCAUGGUAUAUACGUUGAAUAGGUUGUUAUUAUUAUUAUUAUUAUUAUUAUUAUUAUUGUUAUUAUUAAACGUUCAUAAGAUAAUAAUUGGACUAUCCUUUUGAGCGAUGUAAUAUGCGGCAAAAAAUUUCAAAAUGUUUCAUUGCCAAAUGGCAUUUUUCUCAUUUUUUAAAGUGAAUGUUUUCUGAAUCUUGGAAAAAAAAGAAAACUGAAAACUUUCGUGUAAAACAAAAAUAUGAAUAUGAUUCAAUGAUGCACUUUCGUGACCUUUUUUUUAUUGUAAAUUUUAUCGGUUUGUCAGUCAUUGAAAUGACACACACACACACACACACACACACCCACACACACACCCACACACACUCUGUAAAUAUAUUAUUAAUUAAAUGGUUAUUGUACAGUGUAUACUAAAUCGAUAGUCAAUUUACUUCGUUACAAUUGUAACCUGUGGAUGAUUGAUAGCUUAAUAAAAGCGAAAUAUCAUGAAA